ACUAAACUCUACAAUGGAGCUGGAUAAAAAAAACCAUUCUAAUUAUGGCACAAACGAAGAGUUGUAUACAAGUAGCAGCAGUAAUUCUUUUGAUAAAGCAUUUGUUAGUGAAAGCUUUUAUGAAGAAAACCCACCUAUCGAAGGAGACUCACCUAUUGAAGAAGUCAGAUCGAGUAUACCCUCUACCGACGAUCCUUCUUUACCAACAGCAACAUUCCGUGCUUGGUUUUGGGGUGUUAUCUUUUCAGCCGCUAUUUCUUUUACGAAUCAGUUCUUUUGGUUCCGUGCUAAUCCUUUGACUAUUAAAGUUAUUGUCGUACAACUAUUGGCUUUUCCUGCUGGAAAACUAUCUGCCAAAAUUCUUCCCAACUUUACUGUUCCUCUUGGUCGCUUCAGCUUUAAUUUGAAUCCCUGUCCAUUCAGUGUCAAAGAACACGUUUUGAUUACAGUCAUGACUAAUGCUGCAGCCACCUCAUUUGAUGCAAUUGAUAUCAUUGUUGUUCAAAAACUUUAUUACAGCCAAGACUGGGGUUUCGGUGGUGGUAUUCUUUUAGUGUUAACUACUAGUAUACUUGGUUUUGGUUUUGCUGGUAUCUUGAGACGUUUUCUUGUCCGACCUGCUGCUAUGGUCUGGCCAAUUAACUUAGUCAAUGCCACUCUUUUCCAUACCUUACAUAAAGAAGUGCCUAAAGAAGUUCAAGACGCUGAAGCUGUUACUCCCGGCUUGGGAUUAUCUCGUAACAAGUUUUUCUUGAUUGCUUUUACAGCCUCCUUUUUAUGGUACUUUUUUCCUGGUUACAUCAUUCCCAUCAUCACUUCAAUCUCUUGGAUCUGCUGGAUUAAGAAGGAUUCUGUUCUUGUUUCUCAAAUUGGUAGUGGUGUUCAUGGUCUUGGUAUUGGUAGUUUUACUCUUGACUGGAGUACUCUUGCUGCUUGGUAUCCUAGUCCUUUGGCCAUUCCAUGGGUCGUGCAAGCGAAUAUGUUGGCAGGCUUUGUAUUCUUUAUUUGGAUCCUAGUUCCUAUCAUUUACUACACAGAUACUUGGGAAAGUAAAAAGUUUCCUUUUUACAAUACUCAUCAAUAUGAUAUCUGGGGUAACCCUUUCAAUCGUACCCGUGUCUUAACGCCUGAUCAAUACUUGGAUGAGCAGGCCUAUGCUGAUUAUUCUCCCAUUCGUAUUACUGGUUUCUUUGCUGUUUGCUAUGGCCAAGGUUUAGCUGCUCUCGGUGCUAUUAUUACACACACUAUUCUUUACAAUGGCAAAGAGGUUUGGGCACGUAUCAAAAGUGCCCGUCAAGAUACAGAUGACAUUCAUGCUAAACUCAUGGACAAAUAUAAAGAAGUGCCUGAUCUCUGGUAUGCCAUCUUAUUUAUUAUCGCUCUUGCUUUGAGUUUUGUUACCAUUAUUCUUUGGCCUUCCAAUAUGCCAUGGUGGACUUUGAUCAUUGCCGUUAUCCUUGCAUUUGUAUGGCUUUUACCUAUUGGUAUUAUCACUGCCAUCACAUCUCAAUCGCCUUCUAUUUCCAUGAUUUCCGAAUGGAUUUUUGGUGUAAUCAGACCAGGAAACCCUAUUGGAAAUAUGAUGUUCAAGACAUAUGGUUACAUCACUGUACGUCAAGCUCUUUUGUUUGCACAAGAUUUAAAGCUUGGUCAUUAUAUGAAGAUUCCUCCCCGUGAAAUGUUUACUUUCCAAAUCGUAGGGACUAUCAUUGCCUCUUUUGUUUCUCUUGGAACUACAAACUAUUUGAUGAACUCAAUUCCUAAUAUCUGUACAAAUGCUGCUUAUCCAUGGACUUGUCCUAAUGCUGGUCUUUUCGGCGCUUCUUCUGUCAUUUGGGGUCUUAUUGGUCCCAAUAAGUUCUUUGCUCAUGAUUCACUUUACCGCGGUCUUCCUUACUUUUUUCUGUGUGGUUUCUUAGCACCCAUUCCCGUGUAUCUCUUAGCUAGAAGAUAUCCUAAUUCAUGGGUUGCCAAGAUUAAUGUUCCUGUGUUCAUGCUGGGUCCUACCCCCUAUCCACCUGCACCCACCAACGUCAUGCCUUGCUGGACAUUUAUUGGUUUCAUAUUCAACUUUGUAGUCAAGAGAAGAGCUAGUGCCUGGUGGAAAAAAUACAAUUACGUUUUGUCUUCAGCACUAGAUUCUGGCGUUGCUAUUUCUGCUAUUGUCAUCUUUUUCGCCUUCCAAUAUUCAAAUAUUCAAUUUCCAACUUGGUGGGGCAAUGGUUCAGAAACCGUUGAUCAAUGCCCAUUGGCUACAGCCAACUGGAAUGGCACUGAUGUUUAUGCUUAGAUCAUAUUACUUAAUACAUUUAUACC